AUGACCGAAGAAAUCAUGCACGAACGAUUUAGAGCUGAUCAAACGUUUGCGAAUCGACCUUGCGCCGCCAACAAUGGUUUCACGAAACUCGGCCCGUGCCUCGACAGGAUCAGGCCACUUUUGGGCCCCAGUUUGGAGAACAGGGUUCGCUCGGCACUCGAGGAGUUCGUAUGCAAGUCGAACUCGCACUACGCGAAACGAUUUCCACGAUUGAAGAAAUUCCUAAACACGGCCACCGCUUGGACCGGCUGUUUGGACGUCUCUGCCAAGGACACGGAUAUCAGGCAGGAAAUGAUUAAGCACGCGAUCGAAUAUCUGGCAAAGGAUGGCCUGGUGACACAGUUCGCGGACCCAGUCGUUCUGAAUAGAGGACCGAAUAAAGUGGAUCCCGAUUCCUUGGCCGCCGAGCAGAACCGAGCCUUGAAAAGCAUGAACGUCUGGAGGUUUAUUAACGAGAAGGACUAUUGGCUGUGCCAAGAUUGCGCGACUUGCGUAGAUCCAGAAACCACUGUACAAAUCCAUCACGAAUGCAAAAAAGUCACUUCCAAUAGUGAUCUAGACGUCGAGGUCGGCUCAAUCUCUCAGGAAUCGUCGACUUUCUACGGCACCUGUACAACGACUUCUGCCUGCCGUUCAAUUUCCAACCGACGAGUCGAAAAUCCAGACACUCAUGCAAACAGCAAUCGUCGAAAUUUCCAACUGAUUCUGGAGUCGAGUGCAACAAAUCCACAGACGAGGGAACUCGAUAACGCGAACAACGACAGUUUGAAAACGCUUGACCUGAGGGUGAAAUUCAACUGCGGCGGAAAAUUCGCACAGACUCAAACCAGCGAAGGAAAUUUGAAUUUUAUUUUCGAAGUAAGCCAAACGUCGCCGAACGUCGCCGAUCGUUCCAAACCUGCUCCAACGGGAGGACAUUUAAAACGAUCAGACGACAGUGACCAAACGAAAUUUCCGCAAAACUCCAAGAUACAAAUCUACGUUCACAGAACGACAAGCACCAGCCGCUCUUGCAUUCGAAACCCGCCGAAUAUAUCGAAUCUUUCGCUGCCUUGCAAAUCGAGCCAGCUGAUCGUUCGAUUGUUCGAAGCUGACCCGUCGCUGUCGGACUCUUGCUUGGUUCUAAUGAGGAAAAGGUUCGAGAAGGGCAUCGGCAACGCUUGUUCCUGCAUGAACGACAUACUGAAAAAGUUGGACGAGCCGCUGAUCAAACAGCUACGUUUGAACUGCGAGAUCCGACCUGGCCGCGUGGAUUUCAACCUCUCGCGCAAGACCGAUGGAACUGCGAACAGGAACAAGAAUCGAUGGUUCCUCGGUCGAGUUCCCACAUGCAGCAACGUUCACAAACGCGAUUCGCGUCACGAGCUUGUCGAACGCUGUGAAGAAGACUCGAACGAUCGAGGCUCGGCGAAGCGUCUUGCUGAUUUCGAGGAGCCACGCGUUGCUUCUCCGGCUUCUGUUCUCUCGGCUCGUGAUUCGACGGAAAUGCAGAUAUUCAGGAACGAAACGAAUGAGAACGAAAGGGAGGAGAGGAGGAGGGAGGACGCUAAUUUCGCGCGGACGAGAAAGGGAGAGAAACAGGUGGAUUUCGUGCUUUCUUCGCGUACGACAGAUUCGCAGGAUGAGAAGGACUUCGUGAUUCCCAUUCAAACCGAUAUCGAACGAUCUGAAAAAUGUGAUGACGAUGUAACGGCGGUCGAUGAUGAAAUUUGCGAGGGAGAGAUCGAUGGAUCGAGAGGAAAAGAGGAGACGAUAAUCGGACAAUGUGAAGCUGAAGAAACUGCGGAUGUGAAUGGAAAGUCUGAAGCACGCAACGAUGGAUUUAUGGUAGACGAUUCUGAGAACAAACUGAUAGAAUUGUACGAUCUCAAGUGUGGCUGUUGUUCGGAUAGCCUGAAAGGAGAUGGCUUUGGGGAACAUAAUUCGACGGCUGAAAAUAAUUUAGAGGAAUGUUCUCGUCGUGCUUUUUGCACCGGUGAUGGAAUGAUUGAGCAGAAUCGUUCGCGAACGAAGAAUGUAGAUAAAAAGGAUUCGAAAGAUUCGAAAGAUUCCUGUCACGCGUUUUGUACGAGCGGCAGAACAUUGAUGAUCGAACAUUCUUCGCACUUAGACAAUAAAGGUUCGAAAGUAAAUCAUUGUCACGUGAUCUGCAUGAACGACAGAAUGGUCGAGCAUAAUCUCUCGCGGAUGAAGACGGUAGAUGAUAAAAACUCAAAAGUAGACCGACCGUGUCGCGUAUUUUACACGAGUGACAGAGUAGUUGAGCGUAAUUCUUCGCGAACGAGGAAUUUAGACGACGAACGCUCGAGAAUAGAGCACUGGCCCUGUUACUCGAAAGAAAAUACUUCAAAAGGGCAAGAGUCUACUCAUUUACCGGAGAAAAAAUACGAUUCCAUGCCGGAGGAUUACGUUUCAACGGGUGUUUCAGGUUUGAGAACAGGAGAGCGACAGCUGUUGGAGAACGAAGAACGUGUUUUCGAAUUGAAACAAGGUAUUUCGCAGAUGAAAGACACAUCCAAGCAAGAAAUACACGUUUUCGAUAUAAAAGUAAGGGAGAAGGAUAUUUUGAACGUAGAUGAGAGAUACAGCGCCGAUUCGAUUUGUGUCUUUGACUCGAACACGGAGGAUAGCCACGAUACGAAGUGUUCCUGCUGCGGCGAGGAUAUCGACGGAAGAAAUGACACUGAAUCAAAUAAACCUUUCAUUUGUCCCGGCGAGAAACUUUCCCACUCGAUCACGACGGAAAACGCGCAAGCUGUGAACGAUAAUUCCAAUCUACGACGUUCGGGAUUUACUGUCGAAUCGAACGUAUCGCCGACUCGCGAUCAAUUUCCCGAUCGAUUCACAACGAGCGAGAAAAAUUCGAUUGACCUCUCGCGGGGAUGCUCGGCUGAUGGCGAAAGAAAUUCAAUCGGCGACACUUGCGAUCGAAAAUCCACCAACGAAAGUCCUCCAAUCACCGAAUCGUUGUUCGUAUUCUGCGAACGAUCGAACGCGAAACAGUUCUCAUCCACGGACGAGGCAAGUUCCUCGAACGAAAAUUGUCGCGCGAACAGGCGAGAAUCGCACGGGAGAUUCAAAUCACCGUGCGGAGGAUCUGUUCGAGCAGCGUGUCGUCGAAAAUCGAUAUAUUCCGUGACGUGUGACCCGUACUGCGCCACGAGGGAUUGUUCUCGAGUCGAUCGAAACGUCGUGGGAGAUCGUUCGAGAAGACAGAAAGAGAAAGACGUACCGAGCGUCUCUACUCGAUGUAAAAAUCGUUCGCGGCGUGGAUCAAUGGUUCCCGGCAGUUUGUGCGGCUCCUUUCCAGCCGUCGAUCGUAUCAAAUACCUAAUUCGCAAGAAACUGCGAAAAUUGCUCGUGGAGGAGCGCGACAAGGGGACCAGCACGUCGAAGACGUUCCUGAGGAACGACAGAUACCUUGUCAGCGUUUCCAGCGGAAAACUGAACGAUAGCCGAGUAACUCGCGAGUCCUGUACCGCCGGUUCCACGAUUCGUUGCCCGUUUACGACGAGAAAUCGAUACGAAGCCAGAGGAUCGCCGGAUAGAACGUUCAACGAAGGCAGUUGUUCGGGUAAAAACAAGAACAAUUUUGGGAAUAUUGUGAGAGGAAGAUGCCAGAGGACGAUACGAGGCAACGACGUGCUUAAGACGAUCAUGAUCGGUGACGUUUCGCGGCCCCUCGGGCAGAAACGCGACUCCAAGUCGACCGACACGCAAGACUUGAUGGGCGACCGAGUAGAAAGGGCCGAGAGAAGUAAACGAAAGGGUAAGAAAAACGUGGUGGAUCCCCGACGGUGUAAUAAAAAUAGGAAAAGUCGGAAUAGUUCGAGCGUCGUGCCUUUCAACUCGAGGAGAAUGGUGUUUUUCGAAGACGAUCGUGAUCACACGUCGAGACAGAAAUACGAUUCGAAGGGGAGAGACAGAACGAAGAAUCCUCCUGCCGAUUCAAAGUUGACGAAUUACUCUCGAAUGGAUCGGUACGAACGUGCUCUCUCUAGAGGCUCGUACGUAGAGUAUGAAAAUGGACGAGGAUCGAUUGCAGAGGACGUGGCGUGUCGCGACAAAUUGAGAUCGUUCGAGAGACGAUUGUUGAAGCUCGAGAAAAGACGCGACGAGGAGAGUAAUUUCGCUGUUCUUCUCAGUGACUAUGAGAGACGCGUCAACGAGCUGGAUGCUGAUUUUAGGCACAAGUUGUUGCAAUACGUGACGCUCUGCAGGAGCGUGAAGAACACGUUGAUGAAGAGGUUACAACCGGAUGACGCUUAUGGGGUCACAUCGAGCUCCGCGUGAGCAACAAAUCGGCCUCGAGCGUUCGACUAGAGAUUAAUGACUAGUUCGUGGACGAUGGAACAACGUUGCCGA